CAGGGGGCUACUGUGACAAAGACAAUAAUUCAUCAUGAUCAUGAUUCAUAAUUCAUGGCCCUUCGGGCCGAAUUGAAUCGAUCGACACCACACACGUACCACACGUACCCCAGCUUUUAAAGCCAAAAUUUUAAAACCUCUUUUCAGUCAAAGUACCCUACCCCUACCCCACCCUCUAUUUGUAUAAAUACAAAUGGAAUGUUCUAUUACCACCUCAGUAUGCCUCCGUACUUAUUUCCUGGCCAUAAAUACUUAGGUCCUGGUAACGAAGUUAAUACAGACGAACCAAUAGACGAAGACGAUAGAAUUGCACUUAUUCACGAUAUAGCUUAUCUAGAAAGUCGCAGUUCUUAAGAUAUUCGAAACGCUGAUUUAAUAGCUAUACAAAAAUUUGUUGAAGAUAUUCAAAAUACUGGCAAUUGGCAUUCUGCAGUAGGAGCUUUGGGGUUAUUAACAAAAUAUAUAGGUGAAAGUGUUUGGGGAGUAGUUUAUCCAGGUGAGUUUAAUUAGAUUUCUUAUUAAAAUAUUAACAGAAAUGUCUUCUACGCAAAAAAGUUUAAAAAGAACGAACGCUGGCAACAAAGCUUAUGCUGAUAGACAAAAAAAUUUAAGUAAACGUUACAAAGAAGAAAAAUUAAACAAUCCAAAAAUUACAUACGACGAAGUACGAAAAGAAUUUUAUAGAACAAGUACAAAAGAACCGCAAGCUGGACCCUCCAGAACCUCCAGUUCCUCAGCCAAACCUCCUGAGUCAGUUAUUGAUAGAAAUCAAAUCGUUCCAGACGGUUUUUGGAAUAUUGAUAUGGGUGAUGACGAUGAGCCUAUGUUGGAAGUUCCUAAUUUGGUGGAAAAUCAUUCGACCGAGAGUGGAGGCAGUCGAUCAAUCGCAGGAGGCAAUUUAUUACGAUUAUAUAGAUCUCCCCUAACUCCAUCUUUUCAAACAACAUUUGAAAAAGCUUUUAUAUUAUAUGGUUAUGGUUUUAAUUUUGAAAAGUUUGCUAUGGAUGCUGAAGUUGAUGUUAGAACUACUCCUUUUGCUUUUAUACCGGUAGAUUAUAUACCGUCUUAUUUAAGUAUAGCAGAAUUCAAUACUAUACCUAAUAAUAGUUAUGUGAGUAGAGUACAUUGUUCUAUUAAAGUAUUGGGUGUUCGUACCGCUUUUGAUACUGGAUCAACCUUAAGUGGAGUUGCAAAUUCGGAACACGUAUCCCUCGGUGCUAGUAUUAUAGGUAUGAAUAAAUUACUACCUAUUCGUAAUGUUCAAUAUACAGCAGUUAAUACUGCUCCUAUGAAACCUACUGCAGUAACUACUUUUGAUGAAGAUGCUUAUGUAAAAAAAUUAUAUUCUGAUGUGGCAAGCAGUAUAAUGGGUGCUCCUCGAUCAAUUACAGGUUAUGCAGCGAUAUUAGAAAAUUUUGAUAAAGUUCCAGCUGGAAAACCAGAUUAUCCUGUACAUAUUAAUGGUCCACCAAUGUUAAAAAAAUACAUGGAUAGAUAUCAUGUAAACUCACAUGUAGGUAAUACAAUAGUUAAUUAUAAUUACUCUCCUGUGUAUUCACCUAUUCGAGGAACCCCUGUAGUUGAUUUUAAUAUUGGUAGUGAUACAGAUAAUAUUUCAAACAAUACUGUAGUUCAAUUGGAUAGAACAUUAGUCCAAGAAAAAGAUGGUAAAGCUACAGUAACUGCAAAGUCUACUCCUUAUGAGGGUACUGAUGGAAAAUAUCAAACAGCAAAAACAUACACUUACAAACAACCUAUAGAAAAGCCAUAUGUUUUUAGGCCUCAUAAUAACAAGACUCAACAAGCACAACCACAGGUUCAUGUUGCCUUAUUUCCUACUCCGAAAAUUAAUCCAAGUUUAGAAUAUACUGAUAUACAAAAUUCUAGUAUUUAUUAUGAAGUAGUAUUUAAAAUGGAAAUAAGAAAUAAUGUUAACAGUUUCUAUCCCAAUUCCAAUUUGUUGCAUGUUCCAAUUACGAAGCAGUAUUUCAUAGUCAGAAGACAACUAAAUAUAAUGGAGGAGCUACUACUGUUAUGGGUUAUUAUGAUGAAGGUUUGCAAUGAAAAAAUUUGUAAAUAUUAAAUUUUAUUAAAAGUACAUUUCUUCAUCAAGUGUAUUAUUAUCCCCUAUUUCUAAAUCAUCUACAUUAGGUAAUUCCAACAUAUCCAUAUCUUCAAAUUCAUUGGUUAAUAAUUUUUCGUAAA